AUGUCUUUGCCUCAAAGGCCAGGCAAGGCCUCGCCUCGGCGCGAAGAGGUACGGGCUUUCCGUGAACCUUCCCGUCGGCGUCGUAGAGAUAUCGACACGGGUGAGUACAGCGACAACCCGACCUCUUCACCGACUCACUCCCACCGUCACCGCCGCCGACACUCACAUGGCCAUCGGCGAGCGACCGACACGGACGAAGACCGCAUGGAGCGGGGCGGCGACGUGCGCCGCAAAAAAACCAUGGUGAAACCCGAACGCCGCACUGUGGACUCCGACCACCCGAAUUAUCAUUAUCGCCAACGGUCGCAUCAUAUGAACACACAGCCAUCCACAACCGGAGAAGACCCCUUGCUCGAUCGAGAUGGUGAAGCCGAGACAAAUAGCUCCAAGAGCAUCGAUAUGAAAUCAAGAGAUGUAUACAACCAGGGAAAUGUUAAUCAACCCAUGGAGCGGGGGCCGAGUCGACAUCGCUCAAAAAAGAAGAAGAGGUCCUCACGCCGAAUCUCCAAAAAACAGACCCUCGAAGAUCGGAAACGAGCAAAGGCUUUGGAGGAUGCACGUCCGCCGGAUCUUUGGACCGUUUACUGCGCUUUGAUCAGUUGUCUAGUACCGGAUUUUGUGCUCAAGUGCUGUGGCAUGCCACAGAAAGAACAGCGGACCGCGUGGCGUGAGAAGAUCGGCCUGAUCGGCAUCAUUCUGAUGGUCGCAGCAUUUGUGGGAUUUCUGACUUUCGGAUUUACCGCAACAGUCUGUGGGAAAGCUACUACGCGAUUGAAGAUCAAUGAGGUCGGUAAUGGCUAUAUGAUUUUCCACGGUCAGGCAUAUAACCUGGAGGAUUCGACACAUCCUGCUGCGGAAGGGAUCCCCUCCGGCUCUAACGUUCUCUACGAUUUGCCGCACAAAUACGGUGGCCAAGAUGGCAGCUUCUUCUUCCAGGAAGUCAACGGUGCUUGCAAGGGUCUGAUCACUGCUGUUGAUGGUGGUGGUGUCCCGACCAAUUCCGAUGGAGAUUUGGGAUGGUACUUCCCUUGCAAUGCUUUCAACCAGGAUGGCUCGUCCGAGCCCAAUAAGACAGACGACUAUUACGAGGGAUGGGCUUGCCACACUAGCUCCGCUGCAAGGAAACCAUUCUGGAAGCUUAACCCAUCCGGCGAUGUAUAUUUCACAUGGGAGGAUACGAAAAACCUGAGCCGAAACCUAGCUGUGUACUCGGGUAGUGUCUUGGACUUGGAUCUUUUGCGCUGGUUCAACACGAGCCAGGUCUCCUACCCCGCCAAGUUCGACAAUCUUCGCGAGAAUCCUGAUGUCCGGGGCGUUGAUUUGACCUACUACCUGCAAAGUGGAAAUGAGAAGAAGCUCGGCCAGUGUUUGACGCAGAUCAUCAAAGUCGGAAGCAUCGACACUGAUACGGUCGGCUGUAUCGCUUCCAAGGUUGUGCUCUACGUGUCCUUGAUAUUCAUUCUGUCCAUUGUCGUUGUCAAAUUCGCUUUUGCCGUGCUGUUCCAAUGGUUCUUGGCGAAGAAGUUCGCUGCUGACAGGACGAGCAUGAGUUCUGACGCCAGAACUCGCAACCAACAGAUUGAAGACUGGUCCAACGACAUCUACCGACCGGCUCCUCGCAUCCCCGAUCCUCCAAUCCCCGAUCGCAUGAGCAAACGCGCCAGCUUCCUCCCAACCACCUCUCGUUUCUCUAGCCCCUACGUCAUGGGUGGUGGAUCCAGCAGUGCUGGCGGAAAGCAACACAGCAACUACGUGACCAUGGCCACCCAGAACUCAACCUCCCGACUUAUGCCCAGCUCAACCACCACCGGAACGAUGUACAAAACGAGCCAUAACAGCAGUGGCGGUACUUUGAGCCAGGAAAAUUCCCGAAAUCCCGCCGCAAGCAGAACUAGUUUGGUUGGACCAGGCUCGCAAGAUCAUGGAUUUUCCACAAUGGCACCUGACUACGAUGCCCCUGGUCCCGCCGGGUUCAUUCACGAAUCUGUUGUUCCUCAGCCUCCACCUGAAUGGGAGCCAUUUGGCUACCCCUUGGCGCAUGCUCUCUGCCUGGUCACCUGUUACUCAGAGGGAGAAGACGGUAUUCGGAGCACUCUGGAUUCCAUUGCCUUGACCGACUACCCAAACAGCCAUAAAACCAUCCUUGUGAUUUGUGACGGUAUUAUUAAAGGAAAGGGAGAAGAUCAUUCCACUCCUGACUUUGUUCUUGGCAUGGUGAAAGACUUUGUGGUUCCCCGCGAUGAGGUUCAACCGUUUUCGUAUGUCGCGGUCGCUACGGGAUCCAAGAGACACAACAUGGCUCAAGUCUACACUGGAUUCUACGACUAUGGUGAGACCUCUAUGAUCCCACCUGAGAAGCAACAGCGAGUUCCCAUGAUGGUGAUCGUCAAGUGUGGUACCCCUGCCGAGUCCACUCAAUCCAAGCCCGGUAACCGUGGAAAGCGAGACAGUCAGAUCAUUCUUAUGUCGUUCUUGCAGAAAGUCAUGUUCGAUGAGCGAAUGACUGAGCUUGAGUUUGAGAUCUUCAACGGCAUGUGGAAUGUGACCGGCCUGCCUCCAGAUUUCUACGAAGUCGUCCUGAUGGUCGAUGCCGAUACGAAGGUAUUCCCUGACAGCUUAACACACAUGGUCUCAGCUAUGGUCAAAGACCCAGAUAUCAUGGGUCUGUGCGGUGAGACCAAGAUUGCGAACAAAACUGACAGCUGGGUCACCAUGAUUCAAGUCUUCGAAUAUUUCAUUUCCCAUCACCAGGCCAAAUCUUUUGAGUCUGUCUUUGGUGGUGUCACCUGUCUACCAGGUUGUUUCUCCAUGUACCGUAUCAAGGCUCCCAAGGGUGGCCAAAACUACUGGGUCCCCAUUCUUGCAAAUCCUGAUAUUGUGGAGCACUACUCUGAGAACGUGGUCGAUACCCUGCACAAGAAGAAUCUUCUCCUCCUCGGUGAGGAUCGUUACCUCACAACCCUGAUGUUGAAAACUUUCCCGAAGCGCAAGCAGAUCUUCGUCCCACAGGCAGUCUGCAAAACAGUCGUCCCAGAUCAGUUCAUGGUUCUCCUCUCCCAGCGCCGCCGCUGGAUCAACAGUACCGUCCACAAUUUAUUCGAACUAGUUCUUGUCCGCGAUCUAUGCGGUACAUUCUGCUUCAGCAUGCAAUUCGUCAUUUUUAUCGAGCUGGUCGGAACACUCGUUCUCCCCGCUGCAAUCUCCUUCACCAUCUACGUGAUCAUCUCUUCCAUCGUCAGAAGACCCGUUCAGAUCAUCCCCCUUGUUCUACUCGCCUUGAUUUUGGGUCUACCCGGUGUUUUGAUCGUUGUCACGGCUCACCGCCUCGUCUACGUUCUCUGGAUGCUCAUUUAUCUCUUUUCACUUCCAAUCUGGAAUUUCGUUCUCCCAACCUACGCAUUCUGGAAAUUCGACGAUUUCAGCUGGGGUGAUACCCGAAAGACGGCUGGUGAGAAGGACAAGGGACACGGUGAUGCUGAGGGUGAAUUCGACAGCACGAAGAUUACGAUGAAGAGGUGGCGUGAUUUUGAAAGAGAACGCCGAUCACGGACCAGCGCCUGGCCUCAGCCCAAUCUCCCGGCAAACGGGUACUCACAUCACGAAACAUAUUCAGACUAUUAA